GUUUGAAAGAAUAAAAUCGGCUACUUGCAACGGACUGGCGUAUGUGGCAGUUCAGUUCUGCAACCCUCGGUCUUCUUUGUUCGAACCGACAACGUUUUUGAUACCCUCACUGUUCAAUGACCUCGUCGGGUUAAGGUAAGACUGCUAGGCUGAAAGCACGUUGUAAAUUGAAAAAGGCUUUAAAAUUUUCGCCUAGAGGUGGGGAAUCAGUUUUAAGAAGUGCUUGACCAGCGAACUAGUACUGUUUGCUGAUAACGAAAAAGUUAAAAAUAAAUUGGUAAUUUAGUUUUAACAAAUUAAAAACGACCUACAUUUGCCACACCCUCAGAGGCAUAUGAUGAACAGCACUACAGACUAUUGCUGCAAACUUGACAGUACUUCUCAGUAACUUUCGUCUGAAUAGCCACACUUUUGGAUUUCAUACACCGACUCAAGAAUUAGAACCACAGUUGAAGAGGAUAAUAAACAAAACCACUGAAUGGCCAGAUUUUAGGACUUUAUCCACAGAGGCAAAAGUUAGAACCAACUUGUACAGUAUAUAAACAGUACAACUGGAAAGUACUGCUUAGUAGCUUUCAUUUGAGUGGUCACACUUAUGAUUUCAUCCACUGAGUCAACAGUGUAGAAUCACCUUAAAAGAGAAAUGAACAUUAUCAACACAGGAAAGUACUGCUCAGGAGCUACCAUUUAUGGUGACACUUUCCAUAUUUUUUCGAACGAGCGCACCGUCGAUUAUAUCAUUUUAUUGCGGCACUGAUUUAAGACUACAUAUUAGGGAAUAACACAGUGCACAUGCGUUAUUGACCAAGCAUGAGGCCGAGAUGGCUGCAUUUGCGUGCGUUUUAAUCGGUUGAGACGACGCCAAGGUAAAUGAAAACGCAAAAGAGAACAAAGCCAAUAUCCAGCUAUCUUGAAGGGAUAAGCUUGGGCAAUAAAUGAUUUAUUAUGUCUCUUUUCUUGGGGGACCAAAGCGGGAAUUCCCAAGCAGGUAAAAUAUAGGCCUUAUCUUACCUGUUCGGGCAGCCAAUCAGGACGCACGCCUUCAUCUUGCCCGAACGCGGAGCCACAAACAUAAUAAGAGGGUGUGAAUGGGGUUAACCGACUAGCGACAAUGGGCGAAAAAUAUUACUGACUACCGACAAAACGGGAAAAAAAUUACCGACUACCGACAGGAAAAAUAUUAAUCGACUAUCGACAUGGACCGAAAUUGUCUUUUUUCAGAAAGAAGAACAUAUUGUAUGUUAAAGAUCAACACACGGUUUCACACCGGUAUAGAUGUGCAGCUUGUCACCCCUUACAUUUUUUCUCCAAAAAUAAUUUAGUACGUAAUCCAAAACGUUAGAGUGGGCGUUUCCCUCUGUGUCCAAUUAACCUCUCUUCAUUGCUUUUUAUAGUGCCCUGUAAUCAACAGGGCAACCAAGUUCACAUUUGCAAUAAAAGCUUUGGUGAUUUUAUUGGUACUAUUGAAAGGAUCAUGUUGAAUAAACAAACCAGAGUUAAGAAGGUUUAAGUUCCAUCAAAUGAUGCAUUUUUACAAGUUUUACACGUUUUAUAGGGUUUAAAGUCUUGAAACUGAGUGAAAUACAUAACAAAUAUUAUAAUUAACAUGCAUUACCUGGCAAUUAAUGAAUGAGGCUGAGUAGGAUAUGAAGAAUUAAGCAGAUCGAGGAGGGUGUUAUCCAUCGAGGCCGAAGGCCAAAGGCCAAGGUGGAUAACACCCUCCAAGAUCUGCUUAAUUCUUCAUAUCCUACGAAAGCCGAAUUCAUUAAUUGCUUUAUUAUUUAAUCAAAAUAAUUCCUAGUUUAAAAACAUAGCUAAACCAUGCUUACCUGCAUCGAUGUUAAGUUCAUCUUCGAUAGUGUACGUUUAGGUUUGUGCAGCUCCGAAAUUAUUCUCCAAAUAGCAGAUCGAUGUUGCAGUCCGAGUUGUCUUCUUGCUGUUUUUGCCAUGCUUUUAACUAUUAUUUCGCCUAGUUCCAGCUGUAGUUCCGCCAUUUUUUUUUUCACAACGAAAAUAACUCAACCUCGUCCAUAGGUCUUCUCGGUUAACGGUGCAUUAACCUGUAGCGGGCUGCAUUUUUGACGUCAUUUCCUCGUUAAACACAAAAUUCUUCCGAAUUCGGUCAUCAGUAACUGGUGAUGGUGAAUUAUGCGUGUGCUCUUAGCCAAUCAGAAUUGGGGAAAUAUUUUGAGUGAAUAAUAAUACGUAUUAACUGAGUUUUACCGACUUCCGACAAAGAUCGAAAAUUUUAACCGACUACCGACAAAGUAACUGAAUUUUAACCGACAACCGACAAGUGGACCCCCCCCCCCCCCCCCUCCCCCCCCCCCUAAAAAACAUAACCCUUUAAAAACAAAUUUUUUAUAGAAAAACCGUUUUUUAAAAAACCCUAUUUCCUUUCAAAAUCACCUCUAAAAAUAAAAACCACAAAAAAAAAAAUUAAAAAACCCCCCCCCCCCCCCCACCAUUCAGACCCUCUAAUAAUACGUAACCUUUGAAAACGAUAUUAUUAUAGGAACAACGUUAUUUCAAGAGGCCUAUAUCCGUUUCAAAAUCCGUCUAAACAUUAACAACAGCAAAAAAUGAUAUUAGCAUUUCAGCAUUAUUGCUAUUAGUCCUAUUUGAGAGGUAAGCCUGUUCGGGUAGGCAACCGCCCCGGGGGUAGGGAGGGUACUUGGAUAAACUUUUGCUACAAACAUUCUGGUAGUUUGCUAACCGUAAAUAUGAAGAACUUACUUACCCCCCAAAAUCCGAAAAUGUGCAACCUCGAAAAAACGUAGAGAGAGAUUUCUCAAUGGCUUUCCUCAAGUUUCUCCACAGCUUUUUGGCAAAUUCUUAAAUUUGAGCAGUUUUCUAUAAUCUAACUUAUUCUAAGAAGAAGCUUUUACAUGUGCUACAAUUGUUCUAACAUACACAUUUCACAGUGUUUAUGGUUGAGUGUUAUUUAUGGAAUUUGAAUUUCCUGGGUAAAAAGGGAUUUCCUAAGAUGUUUUGUUCCCAUUUUUCCCGUUUCCCUCUUAUGUAACAUCCCAUAAACUUAUAUUUCGUUUUCACUGGAAACGGUCCAGUGGAAGAAGCCAAGAGAAUGAAAUGUUAUAAAAGACUAAAAUAUAAACAAUUUGUCCGAGUCUCAGGUCUUUGUGGCCCACAGUUUCUGAGUUAUUUGCCGAAACGUCUCACGCACCUUUGUGGAGCUUUGUAUUGAGACGCCAUAUUGGUGCACCGUUUUGGUGCACCAGUAUAGCCGCCGGAAAUCAACAAAAAAACAUCUGGAGUUCGCUUUUUCUUUGAAAGCUCUUUCUUUUCACUCGAGAACUAGCAUACGUACGCAUAAACAUAUCUUCUAAUACUUGAAGUGGUUAUAUUGCUGAAAAUCGAGAGGAGAGACUUUUUUUCAACGAGACAGCUUUCCUAUUUUGGUGUCACGCACUGUGAAAACUUGGAAGUUCAAAUUGCUGUAUUUUCGAAAUGAAACAUGCCACGGAAAUGGAAACUUGUAUAAAAAUUUACUUUUUGUUUAUCUUCAACCUAGUGUAAAUAAGGAUUCGUAAAACCUCGCUAUUUCUUGACUUUACAAUUUGAUGACGUCACAGUGAAAACCAUCUAAAAGAUAUGCUACUUUCUGAAGGACCUGUAACGACACUCAAAAUCGCCGCCAUCUUGGACUUAAAUGAAAAUUUGUUUAUGCUUAUCGUGUAAACAUUUAGCCUUCGCCACAGACGGAACAGGCCAUUUCCGAGUUCCCUUCAGCCUCUGUAUCAAAAUGAGGUUAAGUGCUAAGCGUUUGAUAUGGAAAUGAUUUUUCAUUCGCAUGCAAAUAAAACUCAUUUUCACAAAAAAGGUUGUGCACUUAGCCUCAUUUUGAAAGUGAGACUAUUUGGAACUCAGAAGUGGCCUACUGCACUUCUGGCUAAGUCCGUCUGCAAAACAGUACCGAAACGACACAAACAUAAACAAAAAGUUUGCGUUGUAAAGACAGUGAAACCUCUAUUAAGCGGACACUAAGGAGGGGGGCGUAAGGGGGGUACGAAUACCGCAAAACCGCACAGAAAUAGGUAUAAAUACCGCACAGAAUAACAUAAGAAAACCGCAAACCGCGUUGAAAUUACCCGAAAAUUUCUAAUUACCGCAAACCGCUUGGUUUUGUAAAACCGCAUUACCGCAGGUUAAAAUAAAAAUUACCGCAAAACCGCACCAAAAAUCGAGCAAAACCGCAUCACCGCAAACCCUUACACCCCCCUCACUAAGCUGGGUCCAGAAAUUAACGUCCUAUGUUUCCCUUUACAACGAACCCCUAUUCAGCGGACACCUCUAUUAAACACUAAAAUAAAUUAUAUUUCGUUAAUUUCUAUUGUUAAUAAUCUCUUUUUAGCGGACACUGGACUGAAUUGACUAAAGUAGUAUUGGAUCACGUCCCGUCUUGCAAAAAGUAAAGCACAGCUUCCUUAGCUCCCUUAACAAGGUGGAAAUUUAUCACAGUACAGAGUAACCGUUGAAAAUUAAUCGUUAACUAACAUUGCGCAAUUUUUACAAACCUUAAUUAAGCGGACACCCUCUAUUAUUAAGGGGACACUUGGAAGGGUCCCGAAGGUAUCCGCUUAAUAGAGAUUUCACUGUACUACCAUUUCAUAGAUCACACAUCAGAAGAGUUACAUCCCUUUUUCGAGUAGUUGGCUGGAAAACGUUCUCAAUAUAAUAGAGCCGGCAAGAGCUUGUUUUCUUCAUAAAAGUCACCAAAUUUUUGUUUUGCAUUAAAUUGACAGAAAAACACUGACGGACAUGUAUCUGAGCAUUUACUUCCUUGUCACUUUGGUCCAACUCCAUGCAUCUGAUACAUGUAAGUACACAGAUUCAAGUCAUUUGAGUCAGAGAAAGAGAUUAGAUUUGUAUCAACUUCGUCCUCAGGACCUUUUCGUUUUUCGAUAUGGCAGCGGCGGAGAAUGUAACCUCUGCAGUUUACAUUGUAUUGGUAAAACUAAGCGACGCUCAAGGUCAGAUUUAACUACCACAGACGUCCAGUCGACAAAACUUACAUUAAAUCUAAACCCCUUAUUGUUUCCAAACACUUUCUCUCUAACUCGGACCAUUCUCACACUGACAUGCAGCAGUAGCCCAUAACCCGGAGCGAGCAACAUCCAUGUGCUUGUGUCACGGCGUUUUCAGGGUCCAGUUUAUUUUUAGGAUUUUGGCGUCGAUUUUGAAUAUCUUUUAAAUUCCACAAACCAGUCAGCAAAACCUACAGACCUAAAAAUUUUAAUUUUUUGCCUUUUAAUAACGUUUGGUUUUCCUUUUGAUAUCUUAUGCUUCGAAUGCGCUCAUAUACAUGGUGGAGAUUCUAUUUUCGCUGGAAAAAGUGCCCUAAAAUGUGUCUAAAAAUAAACUGAUCCGUAAAUACGCCGUGACAUAGGCCUAGUAUGGGAGUUAUGGGCUCCUGCAUGCAGUUACUUACACUAGAAACUAGUAAUAACCAAAGGUUACGGAGAUGCGCGCGACGACGAUCGAAAGUCAAACCACUUUUGCUCCACGGCUGUGGUUUACAUAAGUUUCACGUGACAGAUGUACAAAACACACGUAAUCAAUUACAAGUGAUAGAAGUUCCAAACGCGCGCGAUAAAAUUGCGUUAAGUGCAUUCCAUUUGUUCUUAGUAUGCGAUUAUGCAAGCUACAUACAUGCGACGCAUGCGUAAUAACAACCUGGAGAUUAGGAUUGCGGGCUCCUCUUGUCGUCCGCAAUAAGCUGCAAUAAUUCCGCAUUCCUCACGUGACUCAGGUCUGCAAAGCAAGGAAGUCACAUUUGAUAGAUAAGACCAUGACUCUUGAACCAAAUGGUUUAAAACACCGUGACAAAUUGUUAUCUAUAUCCUUAUUAGUUUUUUUAUUCUCUUCUAUGUUGUACGUAAAUUGAGGGCCUCAAUGGGGUUAACCGAUAGGCGUAAAACGGCUAAAAAUUUAGUCGAUAGCCGUAAAAAUUGAAAAAUGUUAGCCGUUAGCCGUAAAUAGGGUAAAAAAGAGUUAACCGUAAAAGAAAUUGCUCCCAAGAUUUGCCACUUUUAAGGAAGGUACUAAAAUCACUUAUGGCUGCGUUUUUUAUUUCGCGGUUAGUUUGGCUCCGCACGCACGUUAGGUAAAGCGCCUUUUAGGUGAAGACCAAGACCCAUUUCCAUUUCCGCCGCUCUCUCGGGGAACUAAUUUUUUUUCCAUUGCGAAAGUGUGGCUUCUUGCUGGGGAUUAAUAUUUGCGAUUUUUAGGAGGUCGUGCCCUCGAAACACUAGUGAAACAACACAAAGAGAUCUCACUGUUUGUAGAACAAGUUGCCGAUAAACAACAUUUCCCUGUUUUUCUCUGACGCUACGGUAGACGUUGCCAUGCCUAGUCCCUGUACGGCGUCUUCCCACGCAAUACUCGCUCGGACCACGUGACCCGAAACGCAUUAGCCGCGCGAAAUAAUGAGGCCUACGGACAAGGCAAAACGGCUGACAGUGGUUCCGAACAGUCCUUCGCUACCAUUAAAAACACUGGACACGGGAAUUUUGUUAUUGGCCGUUUUCACACUAGAGCUAGAAACGGAUUAUCCGUCUGAGACUAGCCUGUGUAAAGUUGCCCCCUUCCCGACAGACACCCCCUCUCCGAUUUUUUUUCUGCGACAUUUCAUUUUUUUUUAUUGAGACAUUCUCCAUUUAUAUAAAAUUGUGAUUGCUACAUAAGUUCAGUAACAUCUGUAAACCUGAAGAAGGCUGGUAUGGCCAGCUGAAAUAUUGUUAUAAAAAACAAUACACGUUGUUUUAAAUCAGCUUUGCAGUAGUCUUUGGACUUCUCGUUCUUAAUUAAUAUUUAACUUUUUGAAACAAAAGAAGUUAAUUUUUAACUUUUCUGUUAACCGUAACUGAAAAAAAUUAGCCGAUAGCCCUAAAAGAGCCAAAAUUUUAGCCGAUAACCGUAAAUGCCACCACCCCAUUGAGACCCUCUAAAUUCCAUGAGUCUUUUUUAAACAAUUUUUAUCGCGACAUUCUCCAUCUAACUAAUAGAUGGGGCCAUGAUUAGUUUUACUAUAAUGUGCCCUAAAUUCUCCAUUCUAAUUUUCUUCUUUUAUUAUUAUUAUUGUUAUUAUUAUUAUUAUUAUUAUUAUUAUUAUUAUUAUUAUAUAUAAUUAUUAUUAUUAUUACACUACGAGCCUCAGCGCUCCGGAAGUUAAAAAAUUCGUACCGUCUGGUUGCUAUGAAGUGACGUAAUCAUCCAGUUGAGUAUCCAUCACCGUGACACUUUUGCGGUCAACUACCGCAGCGCUCGUAAAGUACUUUAAUUAAAACCGUGUUCAAAACCCUGUAGGAAGUCUGUUUAUUUUUGAGUCGAUUAAUGCACUGCUGACUUUCACGAGGUCAACUUUUGCAUAAAUUAUCAAACAUUAUGUUAAGUGGGAAAUCUACCUAUGGUUCGCUGGAGAAGCAACUUCUAUAGCGGCGCAAGACAAAUGUUUCGAGAGUCGAGGAUGUGCUCACAAACUAUUCACUAUGCGACGAAAGGAGAAAUCACUGGCAUGAUAGCUGCAUGUAAUGGUAAUUUUAUCAAUCCAGGUCGCGCCGUUUUCGCUCGAGAACACUGUGACAACCUCAUUUGGCGCGCUUCUCAAUACUUCCAAAACAUGUUGUAAUCGGUAAGUAGACUUAAGCACUUAGUAUCGCCAAGCCAUUCGAAUCAGUGUAUACCCAAUUCUUUGUCUGAAGAUUCUCGCAAACACAUAUACCAAGUAAAUCUGGAUGGAAGAGGAAAUUGUCUCCCUAAACGAAGCCAGAUUAUAUUUUGAAGGAUGGCGGCACAAUUCAACGCGUCUUCCAGGUCAGCCCUAAUUUAUAGUUCGUAAGAGUAUGAAUUGCGAUCUCCUUAUUUUCGCUUAAGCUUUUUUUGAUAAAACUUCAGUAGAAACAAAACAACGCAGACAUGACAUUCUCCUGCAUGAGACACAAUCGGCUGAAGGAAAUAUCUGUUUACAAGUCGGUUAAAUUAUCCAUUCUUGCGCACCGCAAAAUCAGCUAAAAUCGGUCGCUGGAAACCUGGCAUAUUAUUAAGCCUGAGCGCUUCUAAGAAUAACACGUUUAGAACUUCGACGCGUAGAAAAAAAAGGCAGUUGUUCCAUAUCCUUUCUGGUUCAUCCAGGUAGAAGUCCUGGCAUAUUAUUAUGCCUGAGCGGAUCUGGGAUAUAUAACACGUUUAGCAUUUCGACCCGUAGCCGUAAAAAAAAAAANCUAAGCCGUACAUUUGUUGAAUGCCGCACUUUUAAUUAAAUUUCUCGCCCUAGAAUGAUGACAUGAUGGCGCGAAAAUUGACGCGUCUAUCGUAUUAGAUGCGAAAUAUGAUCAGAGAUAAAUGGAAUAGUGAAGGUUACAAGCUUCUGAGUAUCCAGCUGAGAUAGGGGACUUUUAGUCCCCUAUCUCAGCUAGAUAAACAAAAUUUUUUUGGUUGCUAAGACGGUGCGGCUCGUUAUGUAUGCACACGUAGUUUAAGCAACUUUGUACUAACUGAUAUUGUAUAGUACAACUAAUGUAUUGUUGAUUUUGUACAACUAUUGUAUUAUUGUACAACUAAUGUAUUAUAGGAUGGAGUAAAAAAUAAAAUACAAAAAUACAAAAUACAACUAAUAUAAAUUUUAAUUCCCCCUAUCAAAAAGUCAGUAACAUCAGUAAACCUGAAGAAGGCUGUUAUGGCCAGCCGAAAUAUUGUUUGAAAAAAGCAAUAAAUGUUGUUAUCAGCUUUGCAGUAGUCUUUGGACUUCUGGGUUUUUGUUCUUAAUAUUUUAGCUGAUUAGAUUUCUUUUCUAGAGAUCCAACGUUGACAGAGGGUUGACAACCAGCGGGAUCUUCGUCCACGAUUUUUGCAGUUAAUUUGUUUAUCAUGGCGGCAAGGGUAUGCAGAGCGCCGAAUGACUCUGAAGUUUAGUGAAGUAGGGAGGAAACGGAAUGAAUUAAUACGUUUCAGGUCAGGUUUUCCAGUAUAAUGACCCUAAAUGGAAACUGAUUCACCCUUUUGUAUAACCCUAAACACGAAACUUCAGAGUCAUUCGGUGUUCGGAGAAUGCAGAACGUCGAAUUACUCUAAAGUUUAGUGAUUAAGGUUAGGAAACUGAGUGAAUCAAGUUUCAGGUCUGUUUUCCCAAUAUUAUGACCCUAAAUGGAGCCUGAUUCAUUCAGUUUCCUAACCCUUAUUACUGAACUCAGAGUCAUGCGGCAUUCUGCAUACGGCGUUUGGUGUUCUGCAAAAUCAGGCGGCAAAAUACCCCUGCCGUUAUCAUGACGGAGAAUAUGUCGCCAUAUUGGAAAACGAGAAGAGCCUGGGGACGGGGUUGGAAUUGUAUUGAACAUACGCAACUUCCAGAGUUACACGAUCAAAGGAAUGGCCCCAAUCUUGACCCUGUCAUGAAAAAGUCUGUUAGAGAAUAAAGGGGUGCGAAGUUUAACUUAUCAUUUAUCAAUUUAUUUAUCUGUACAGUGGCAGCGUUGCCUCACGUAAAAUGCACUCGAACUUACCAUAAGCUGGGUUGUUAUAAAAAGGUGUCCAGUUCCUCGAACCCCUGGCAGCUGUUGAUAACGGACAGAAGUGACAGUCCUGACGGAUACCUUUUAGACUGGCGUAAAUGGGAGGAGUCGAUUCACAGGUACGUUUGUGAAUUCUGUAUCAAAACUUCUUAUACCAAGUACCGAAAUUGUGGAACUCUUGUUUUUGUUAAUAUAGGAGAUCAGUUGGUUAGCAAACGACUUCUCAAUUGCUUUGCUGAUGAAAGUAAGAUUUGAAACAGUGCGAUAGUUUGAAAACUGCGCAUGACUCGGGGAAGGCCCCUUACUGAAGUAGAGGGCGCGUAGCUUGGCAACUUUUAAUUGAGAGGGCAUUUGGCUAGAUUGCAGCGAAGUAUUAAUAAUCUUAGAGAUAAAUGGUAUCAGUGUACCCAGAGCUUUUCUUGUGACAUAGACAGGAAGAGGGUCAAGAUCACAUGAUUUGGAAGUUAAUUUCACAACACAUUUGCGGACUUCAUCAACGGUUACCAUACUGAAUUUAUCAAACUUAUAAGGACAGACCCGCUUGACUUUGGGAACUAAGUGGAUGGGAGCUUCACAUCUAAUAUAAGUCGACCAGUAUAUUAGUUGUGUUAUUGGAAAUGAACUCGACUUUCUAUCCAAUAGAUUGUCAUUUGUCUUGAAAAGAAGUUUGUAGUCCGACUGAUUAUUAUCACUGAAUAGUGAAGUGUAAUACUGAAGUGUUUACUCGGAAGAAACAAUUAACUUGUAGACGGCACGGCAUUGAUCAAUAAACAACUGGCGAUUGAUCAGAAGUUUAGUUGUUCACCAGCCAUCGCUGUUCCAAUCUCCUGAUAUAUUUGUUCACGCUGUGUAUCUCCUCUGAAUACCAAGGUGUAGCAUGACGCAGGGUAACGGUUUUGGUUUUUACAGGAGCACGGAUGGCUAAAUGAUAGACUUGCUAUAGGUCGACCUCUCAUAAGUUCUUAAAAGUGAACGAAGCGAGCUUUAAUGCAUGAGGUCGCGCAGCGAUAGACUACGAGCAGUCUCUCUUUUUUCUGUAGUCCGUCGAGCAAAACGCGAGACACUCAAAUGGCCACGCGCGUGACUGAUGGCGCGAGACGGUCGCGCGUCCCGCGGCUUCGCCACUCCCGCGCGCGUGCAUUGCUCUCACUAAAUCUGAAGAAAAAGAGAGACUGCUCGCAGUCUAGCGCAGCGACCGAGCGAGCGACUAACCAGUAAAAAAAAUAAAGGACUUUUAUUAAGUCUAGGAUGGCUAGAAUGGAACUUGGAACGUCGUUAUAAUGAAUGAUAAGAUAGUCAAGGUACGGAAGCGGUGUAGCAAAACACUCGGGAAGAUUAGAAUUUGUGACAUCAGAACCAAAAUUAUCAAGGCAAUAGAACGAAGCUUUCUAAAGGUAAGCCUCCUUGUCAAACAUUGGCUUUUUGAGCAUAACGGCGGCGUGAUCAGAUAUAAAAAAGGGAGAAUCAAUUCAUAAAUUUGAAACAAUGUUAUCAUCAGAUCUAGUGAUUACAAGAUCGAAAGUGUGACCUUUCGUAUGUGUAGAUCCGUUUAUUGUUGAUUAAGCUUGAACUAAGAUUGAUUUCCAGAUUAUUACAUCCACUUUGAAAUCACUGGCUAUCCGUGCAAUCUGAUUGGCUCUCAGCAGUGUGAUUUAUUCCUAAAUCGCACCAUUUUUUGCUCUAAAUCGCAUCUGUUCCAAAUCGCGUCAUUCAUGUUCUAAAUUAGCCUUAAUUUCAUGCGAUUACUUCGAGUCGUUAUUACUCCCUCAGUAACGUCUGAAUCGAUCGGCCGUUAAUGCCGUCCAGUGACGUCACUACUCCUUGACCUUUCUUUUAAUUCAUGCAAAAAGUAAAAUACGAUUUUCACGUGGCAAACCGAGAAAUACCGUUUGGAACUGUCUGCAUGAUACAGAACUGCUUUAUUUUUUCGAUCGUAAUUCAUGUUUAACGUUCAAACUAUCAACUGCGUGCAGUACAACUCUGAACCGGUUGUACUAAAUUCUAUAAUCAAACUCGGUGGCAAUCACGCAAUGAAAUAAACACACACACGGAACACUUAGUUCAAAAACAGAAUGAUUUGCUUUAAUUAAAACGAAGCUAUUUGGUCCUUAACGAAGACAAAAAACAAGGAGACAAGAAAGAAAAGCUAACAGAAUCAUUACACCUGACGGUAAAAAUAGCAAGAAGGUCGAAUUAUAACAUUGACCUCAGAAAACUUCGCGUAAACAAAAUCACCGGCCGCCGAAAGCACAAAGCGGCUCUAAAUGAAAAACCUACCGACUCUCCGCAAUGAUUCUUCAUUCGCAGUUCAAUUUAGCAUUUCGGUUUCGAAGACAAGGGCAAUUUUGCUGUUUAAGAUAAAGAUUAAGCUUAUCGAAAUGUUUGGACUAAACGAAAGAACGCCAGGGAUUUGAUCCGCUGAAUAUCAAGCGACAAUCCCGCUAAAAUUUUUCAUAAUUAUACAUAAUUAUGCGAAUGUUUAGACAAUCAACCAAUCAAAAUCACUACCCGGUUUUCGGGUAGUGAGUGACGUCACUGGAAGGCAUUAACGGCCGGUCGAUUCAGACGUUGUUGGGAGGAAAAAACGACUGGAAGCAACCGGAUGAAUUUCAGGCUAGUUCUAAAUCGCAUCAUUUCUGUUUUAAAUCGCACCAUUUUUGUUCUAUAUAUCGCUUCAUUUCUGUUUCGAAUACAAAAUGAGAUGUAAAAGCCUUUUUGUUUCGGCUUUUUAACAAACCGGCUACUCGAUCAAUAAAAUAUUAGUACUGACUAAAUUCUGCGAUUUCAAAUGGAUGUAAUAAAGUGGUAAUUGAACUUCGUGUCGUGCAAUUUUGGUCUGAAAUCAUACUUGUGAUUUCAAAUCGAACUCGCGCUGCGCGCUCGUUCUAUUUUGAAAUCACGCGUAUGAUUUCAGACCAAACUGCACUCCACUCAGUUCAAUUACCAUUAUCAAUUACAAUAGUUCUUAGUUGAUACCAAACUGUCGAGAUGGAAGCAGAGGUAAAAAUAAUUUUUAUGAAUUGAAAGACAAAAGUUUUAAAAAGGGCUUAAGGCUGAGUUGCGUUUAAGCGUACGAGAGCCUGUUUGCUGCAUGCCAUUGGCCGGGGGAACACCCGCGUGGAGACUGGGGGAAGACUUUGUGUGCAGAGGAUGGUAGCUAUCCAUCUUAACUGACAAUUUUGCACUGUCUGUUUCAAUGACAGCCUGGCCUGCAGGUGUGCUGAGGUCGCACGGAGGCAAAAUUUCACAGUGUUUGGACUGCAGAACUAUGCAGAAUGUUGGAGCGGCCCUGAUGCGGAAAAAUCAUUUAACAGAAAUGGAGGCUCAGACAGAUGUUUGAUGAUUCUUAAAUUGCCUCCAGAUUGCAACAUGACUGAUCCCAGGGAAUGUAUGGGGAUGGAUAAUGUGAAUUUUAUGUACAAACUCGGUAAGUUUGUUUCAGCCCAUACGUGGACGGCGUGGCGGUUAUUUUGAGAAAGCUUAGAAGAUUUUCUAACCGAUCCCCCCGCCCCCCAAUUCAUCCUACCUUUUCAAAACUGAUUCCCCCAUAAAUUCAGUUUACAUAUUGUGAAAGCUACCCCACAGCCGAAGCCGAAUCCUGCCGAAGUUCACCACAUACUUUAUCUGUAGUCGAUACGGUAAAACGGGCAACAAAAAACGUGCAACUUCUUUUGAAAUAUUGCUGCAAAAAGUUGAAUGAGUUGAAUAGCGAUGUUGCGCGUUUUACCACCCAUGUUCGAACCUUUCUUGCGAGGUUUGUUUCGUUGGUGGUAAAACGCGCAACAUCGCUAUUCAACUCGUUCUGCAGCAAUGCUGCAAAACAAGUUGCACGUUUGUUGUUGCCAGUGUUACUGUAGCUUUACGGCUUUUGUAUUCAAUAUCAUUUUACGCUUGUUACUUCUUCGUACUACGUUCAUAAAAUUUAUUGAAAUAACCCUCCAGAAAUGAUCCCCCAAAAGCAAUCAAGAUUCUGAAAAUGAUCCCCCAGCAAAAUGUCCGACCCCUUCUCCUCGCAGGUAAUAAACGACCAGCCCCUUACUAAGCGAGGUUUAUUCCCUUUUUCUAAGAAAAAAAAACCCUAGGGAAGAGGUUGUGUUAUUAGGAGAUGGUUAUUAGGGGCUUAAAACACAUUCAACUGUCAACAUAGACGUUAGCAGAGAUCCGGACAAUCCUGAAAUCUCAAGGCUCACAUCUUUAUAGGAUGUUUCUUAAUUUUACUUCUGAUUUCAACUGUGUUUCAGAUGUAGACCACUGCAGGAAACACCCAUGUAAGAACGGUGCAACGUGUGUCGCUGCAAAGCCAUUUGGAUACAAAUGUGAUUGUACGCAAGGCUUUACAGGCAGUCACUGCGAAACAGGUUUGGCUCCAACAAAGUAUACGCCAGCUUAGAUAAAAAUAAUAAUAACAGGAGCCCAUAACCCGGAGCGACCAACUCCCAUACUAGGCCUAUGUCACGGCGUUUUUACGGACCGGUUUAUUUUUAGACACAUUUUAGAGCAUUCGCUCCCGCGAAAAUGGAAUCUCCGCCACGUUUAUAAACGCAUUCGAAGUAUAAGAUAUCAAAAAGGAAAACGUAACGUCAUUAAAAGGCAAAAAUUAUCAUUUUUAGGUCUGUAGGUUUUGCUGACUGGUUUGUUGGACUUCGUGCCAAAACCGUUCUAAAAAUAAACUGGUCCGAGAAAACGCCGUGACAUGAGUACAUGGAAGUUGCUCGCUCCGGAUUAUAGGCCCCUGAUAAUAAUAAAAAAAACAAAUUACAGUGAAACCUCUAUUCAUGGGUCACCCUCGGGACCGAGGCAAGUGUCCCUUGGAUAGAAGUGUCCCCUGAGUAGAGGUUGGUCUGGGGUUUCUUAAUAAUUAAUCAACAAAGACAGCAUAAAAAUAAUCAUCAUUAACUAAUCUCUGCGACAUUAUAUGUUGAAUUCACACAAGUGCAUUACAUCGAUUCAAGUUAGAUAGUUCAGCUUGUGAAAGCUUUCAUAACUGUGAGUAGUGUACAUUAAUUCAAAGAUAUCAACCCUAGCUCUCUGUGGUCAGUCACUUUUUGAGUGCCAAGGUGUCCCUUGAAUGGAGGUUAAACCCGGGUUUCCGGGCCCAGAAAAACUGUCCCUUUCCCCUGAAUAGAGGUGUCCGUUCAAUACUAGGGUAAUAGAUACAAAGAUUAUGUGAACAUUUCUCCUGGACCGAAUUUGGUGUGCCGUGAAUGGAGGUGUCCCUUGAAUAGACGUGUCCCAAGGAGAGGUUCCACCGUCAAUAAGUAGGGUUAAAUGCUCAUAACAGUUUCGAUCUGUGUUCUUUUAGGAAAUUGUUGUUACAAUGAAGCUUGUAAAAUUGUUUCAAACCUGUGCCGUAAAAACAAAUUUUGAACGAUUUUGAGCAGCUCAUCAUCAUUAAAAGGCAAAAAUUAUCAUUUUGAGGUCUGUAGGUUUUGCUGACUGGUUUGUUGGACUUAAAAAAUAUUCUAAAUUCGCUCCUAAACCGUUCUAAAAAUAAACUGGUCCGUGAAACGCCGUGACACGAGUACAUGGAAGUUGGUCACUCCGGAUUAUGGGCCCCUGAUAAUAAUAAAAAAACAAAUUACAGUGAAACCUCUAUUUAGGAGACACCCUCGGGAUCGAGGCAAGUGUCCCUUCGGGAUAGAAGUGUUCCCUGAAUGGGGGUUGAGCUGGGUUUUCUUAAUAAUUAACCAACAAAGAAAACAUAAAUUAACAAUGAUCAUCACUAACUAAUCUCCGCGACUGUAUAUUUUGAAUUCACACAAGUGAAUUACAUCGAUUCAAGUGAGAAAGUUCAGCUUGUGAAAGCUUUCAUAAUUGUGGGUACUGUACAUUAAUUCAAAGAUAUCAACCCUCUUUGUCAGUCACUUUUUGAGCGCCAAGGUGUCCCCUGAAUCGUGGUUAAACCCGGGUUUCUGGACCCUGAAAAACUGUCCCUUUCCCCUGAUUAGAGUUGUCCGUUCAAUACUAGGGUAAUAGAUACAAAGAUUAUGUGAACAUUUUUCCGGGACCGAACUUUGUGUCCUCCCAAGGAGAGGUUUGACGCGAUACCAGCAGGUUGGCAUCCUCGGAGACCCAGGGGCGGUCAGUCGGGUCGGGUAAAACAGCGUCGAAAGUUUUCAAGAAAGCGGGAGAGAGCCCCUGGGAUGCCACUCUUAACGAUCCAGUUCCUCAACUCAUUCGAAUGCUUGUCCCAUUUUGGCACUUGCACAAGUCAAAGCAUAUCGUCACCCAGUGUAAAGGAAUCCGGAUUCUAGAAUCCGGGAAAUUUGUGCUUGUGGUGGAAUCCGGGAAAAGAUUGCUUAUGGAAUCCGCAAUCCUACACUAUGGAAUCCUUAAUCAACUAAACGAAUCCGGAAUCCCACUUAAUCCAGAAUCCAAGUUCCACUGACAAACACGGGAAUCCAGUACCUUGAAAUCCGGAAUCCACAGCGUGGAAUGCAGAAUCCAAGACUGUCCUGGAUUCCUUUACAUGGGGCGAAUAUCGACUUCACAUACGGUGUUUUGAGUUGGCAUGAGUUAUUGCAGACACUGUCCUCAUGCUUCAGACCAAAAAUUUCUAAACUGAUCCUUGAGAUACCAAUUAAAAUAGGAUAGCUUAAAGAAGAUAUUUAUUAUUUUGUUAUUGCUGUUUUUUCUCUGAGACGUCAACGAAUGCAACAGAAGGCCUUGCAAAAAUGGGGGAAGCUGUUUUAACAAACCAGGAAGUUUUGACUGCUUUUGUCGUAAAGGAUAUCAAGGCAAACUCUGUGAAAAAGGUGAGGCAAAAUUCUUCACGAUGUUCCAAAAAUAUGACAACCGAGAGAGAAUACAGCGUUGCUCAUCCGUUUCUUAGUUUUAUAUUGGUUUAAAAGCUUAGAUCAAAUUCAUACAAAGUUCUUGUACUGAAUUUGCUUUGACAUGGUCUGAUCAUUUCGAAAACUUUUAAAUAUCUUCGAACCGGAAGGGGAUAAUUAUAGUAGUGGCUGGGGGUGUGGGCGAACUUCAAAGGAAGGUAAAAAUUAGAUGUCAGUUCCCGGCCGAGAGAAGUCUCUUAAUAAAAAUGAGGAGGGCAGCAAAAGUGGAGUUGAACAGAGAAAAGUUCGAUAAAACACUUAAGAUAAUAAUAACGCUGUGAAGGGGCGCUUCUAUUGAAUACUUGGUACUUGAAACAAUAUAUUUCUAACCACUGCUGGCAAAUUAAAUACCUGCAUACAAAAAUUAAAUGAUAUCAAAUGAAAAUGAUUAACUGAUCAGAACUUUAAAAAAGUGACAUGAUCCCCACCCCCCCCAACAAGGGUAACAGGUCAGUGCACGCCCCAUUUUGGUGGCUGUCAUAAAUGGCAUGGUUUUUUCCAAUAGUGCUGUUUGGAAUGUGGGAGUGUGACAUUUUUACGUUGGUUCACCUGGUUUGGUGGACCUACAGAUCAUGCCCUAGCUAGGAUUCUCGACAGUCGAGCUGUUUUGCAAUAAACGAUUUCUCCAUGUUUCACUAAAAAUUUCGGACAAUCUGCAGACACUGCCAGAGACACUGUCUAUUCAAACGUUUUAAAAGAAAUCUCUCUCUUCACAGGGACAGCACAGAAUAAAGACGAAAACGUCUAUAUUAUUCAUGCAUGCUAUAUCCCAAAUAACGUUUAAUAAAGCAGGAUUCAAAUAUCUCGUCUGUAACCACGUUUACAAACCUUUUAUUUUGUUAGUUUUGUUUGUUUGUUUCUUUUUCAGACGUAAACGAAUGUGUUAUGACGCGAUGCCAAAAUCAGGGAACCUGCGUGAACACAGUAGGCUCGUUUAAGUGUCAGUGUAAACCUGGAUUUACUGGGACAUUUUGUGAAAACGAGAGUAUGAACCAAACUCAUUAGUUUUCGUGUUUUAUCAGUAGUAUUAUCUCAAGCCUUCUUGUGUUUGAUCACUUCUCGGUGCCCGCUGGAUAUCAGAUAACAGACGUCUUAUUGUGUCUGUUUGUUAUAUCCUGGGCUUUGGAAUCCGUAAUUCACCUCAAGGAAUCCGGAAUCCCGCUAAAGAAUCGCAUUCCAAGUUCCAUUGAAGGGGAUUUCGGAAUCCAGAACGUGGAAUCCGGAAUCCACAGCCUGGAUUCUAGAAUCCAAGACUGUCAUGGGGCGAUAUAUCGUUCCCCACUGUUUGGAUGAUCGUGACGGAUAAAACACUCUUUCUUGUGUUUGAUAUAUCACUUUUCAUUGUUUGGAAAUCGGAUCAAACAAUCUUUCAAGUGUCUAAUAUAUUGCUUCUCACUGUUUGGAUAUCAGAUAAAACGCUCUUUACUGUGUCUGAUAUAUCACUUCUCCCUGUUUGAAUAUCGGAUGAAACAAUCUUUGUCGUGUUUGAUAUAUCACUUCUUACUGUUUGGAUAUCAGAUGGAACACUCCAUCUCGUUUUAGAUAUAUCACUUCUGGGUGUCUGGAUAUGAGAUGAAACCCUCCUUUUCGUGCUAGAUAUACCACUGUACUUCUCACUGUUUGAAUAUCAGAUAGAACAUUCCGUCUCCAAUUUGAUAAAUCAUCAUGAAAAAAGGUGUGUUUAUCAUUUUAGGCUCAUGUGUGGGAAAGGAAAGAGACUUAAUAAUUAUUUUUGGGGGCUUUUGCCUUUACUAGGUGUCUGUGACCAGAAGGGGGUUUACGACCUCGGUUUGAUCAUCGAUGGUAGUGGCAGCCUGGGGAAGAAGUUUUCAACAACAAUUUUUCUUGUUGGCCUUAUUAAUCAAUUCAGAGUCAGCAAAAAUGAAGUACGCUUUGGAAUAAUUGCUUACGGCAGCAAACCUGAAUUGGUUUGCCAGUUUUCAGACAUGAUGUGUCAUCACCGUGCAAUGGAUGUAAAGAUCAUGGUUAUGAAAAUGGAAUUCCCGGAUGGGGAGAGGAGAACUGACAAGGCACUAAUGAAGGCAGGGAAAGAAUUGUACAGCAGCAGUGGUGGCCAUAGAACUGGAGUUCCCAGUGUGUUGGUGGUGAUCACAGAUGGAAAGACGGUGCCAGGGAGUCAACCUUACAGUGACGUUCUACAACCUUUAAAGGUAGACAAAUACAGUUAAAACCCGCAUAGCAGAACCUGGUAACCUACAGGUUGAAAGUUGGCAUUUAAAUACACAAAAAUAUAAGCACCUGUUCAGCCUGGUAAAGAAAAUGAAGUUCUUGAAGUUCUUAUACAAAAAAGAAAUCACCCCAAUUUUUAUGGUCAAAAUUCUGGAUUUUAAUUGUGAGAAAUUUCUGACAAAAAGUUGUGUUUUCUUUGAUUUAUAUUUGUUUGGAUUUUCACUAGAAAUAUGUUUUCCAUAAACCAUAGUAGCACAAUAUUUCUGCCAAUGGUUACACUACGACAACAAGAACCUAUUAAGAACCUUAUUAGCCUGAAUUGUGAAAAACUGCCCUGAAAUAUAAGAACCUGUUCAGCCUGGCAAAGACUUGGCAACGUGGCUGAGCGGUUAGAGCACUGGACUUGUAAUUCGGAAGCCCCGAGUUCAAGUGCCGCCCUGACCGCUGGCUGGAUUUGUUCGCGGUAAUCGCGUGUUCAGAUCCUUUUUACUGUUCAACAACCUCGAUUCCAAGUUUUUUUUCUAACUCAUAUAUUGUAUCGAGGUUGUAACACAGCAUGUACGAUAAUGUUUAUUUUUGUUUAUUUUAUACCGCGGCAGUGUUAGCUCAGUCGGUAGAGCGUGUCGACUGCAGAGCGGGAGGUCGCGGGUCCGAUUCCUGGGGCCGGACCAAUACUCAGGGUCUUAAAAUAACCGAGAAAUGAAGGUACUCCUUUUGCACUGCAACAGGCUAGACCUUCGCGUGGCUCUGAUGACCACGGAAAAUGGCGGUCCCGUCUCCAGUUGGAGACGUAAAAUAUAGUGUCCCCAAUUAGUACUUUCGUGCUAAAUACAUUGACACUCAAAAAGAAGUGCAUCUUUUUUUUCAGCGCUGGUUAAACAAAAAGCGCACACAAAAAAAACAUUUAACGACACAUAUUUAGUUAUGUACGGCAUUAAAAGUGCCGUUUUGUCAACUUUCACACCCUCCCGCUUGUGUUUGACAAAGACCUUGUUGUAAGCUGUUUUCAAUUUGACCAACUCUGGUCAACAUUGUUUACUGUGGAAAUUGUCAGAAAAAAAAACGUAAGUAGUGCAGAAUGAAAAAUCACGUAAGCUCUUAAGAACGGUUCUGAGGAUAAUUAAUGGUUUAACACCGCAGUUUAACUUAGACGUCGCUUAAACACCAAAAAGGUUCUUUGUUACUUGAUAUAUAGCUAUGUUUCGUUCGUCUGACCAUAUUAAAAAUGUAUCCCUGCAGAAGUGACGCGACCUAUCCAUAAAGUCAGCUAGAAUUGGUAUUAUGUUUUAAGCAUCAAAAUAACGGGGAGGAAAAUCGCAGGCUCAUACGUCCUAUUUUCUUUCAAAACGGUAUCUGCUGUUCACCGAUAUUUGCGGUAAAGAAUUAUUAAUGAGAGCACCAGAGCUAAGAAUAAGGUUUUCAAGGUAAGAGGGCUAAACACUGACUAAUUUCUUAAGCACCCCAAAAAGGUAAACCGCCCUCGCCUUGGGCAGACCCCUCGCCUUCGGCUUGUAUAAAUAAAAAUUAAAUGAAUAAAAUUUCCGUUAUUUACCAUCUGCAGUAUUUAUAGCACUAAUGAUAGACGGGCCGAGCAAAUGCCUGAAACAAAUAAUCUAAAUCAAAUAUAAUUUUUACAAGAACUGAGGGAGCGCAUUCUCGCGCGUUGAUUGGUCGAGAGUUAUGGUCUAUGACAGUAUAAGACCAUGGAAAUGACGAAACAUGUCACGCAGUGCCGGUUGUUUUGUUUUUGGUUUUCGUAAAAAUAAUUUUACUCCUCAACAUGGACAAAGAACAACCAAAUUUUAACAUAGCGCGAAAUUUCUGACAGUGAGUUGGUGCUUAAAGCUGCAAAGGUAGAGCAAAGAUACGCAAAACAAGAAGAAAAACGUCGCUUCGCGCAGUUGGAGGAGGACGACUUCGCAGGAAACUAAAAAUAAAUGUUAUUGUAAAAAACAAAUCGACUACAAUUUUUUAUGGUCUACACUCUUAUAGCCCAUAGAAAUGACGCCAUAAAACGUUCAAAACUUUGCAUUGAAACCACUCGCCUGCGUCUCUUGGUUCCACUUGAGUUUUGAACAUUUUAUGACGCCAUUUCUUUGGUUUAUAAGAGUGUAGACCAUGGGAAAUUGUGGUCGAUUUGUUAAGGAGUUAAGAAUACCAACGGGCCGGAGGCAAACCAGUUGGCUAUUUACAAGCGUGCUCGAGGAUUUGAACGCGGGACUACCGAGGACAAAUCCAGUUAGCGGUCAAUCACACCAUGUAAUUGAUUCAACAGUCGCACAGUCAACUCUCGCCUUGCGGACACUUCGCUAUAACGGACUCUCGCUAAUGAGGACACUACCUCGAGGUCCCUACAGUGUUCGCUAUAAAGGGAGUUGACUGGAGCGAGUCCAGCGCUCUAACCGCUCGGCCACGCUGCCUCCGUCUUUGCAAUACACCUAUGUUUACUGUCACCUAAUAAACUGAAUGUGUGUACAUUUAUCAGGAUAGUGGCGUGAAUAUCAUCGCUGUUGGUGUGGGGAAUAAAGUCACCACGAAAGAGUUAACUAAAAUCGCCAUGAAUAGACCGGAACGUGUCAUUCAGCGUCCCACAAUCGACGACCCCAACUUGAUUGAGGACCUCCGCAACAUGAUUGAGGACAUUUGUUGAACACCAAGCAGGAAUCAAUUCUUCAAACAGGGAUCAAACUCAACGGAUAUAUCC